AUGGGGGAGCGCUUCCCACUUUUCAGAAUUCAGCAAGCCGACGAGCCACCUCUUCAGACAAGACCCUCACCUCCCAACUACGAGCCAAUUUUCCGACCUAGACCUUUUCCUUCUCGCAAGAGUUCACUCAAAGUUAAACCAAAGCCUGUUUCCAUUGAUCAAUCAGAGACCUAUGUCGUCCAAAUUCCCAAGGAACACAUAUUUAACGUCCCUCCACCGGAAAAUGCCAUCAUUGCUGAACGUUACCGGAAUCCAGAGAAGAAGAAGAACUCAAAUGGGAAUUGUACGCUCUGUGUUGUUAUAACGUUGUUGGUUGUUGCUGCCUUAGUCGGAUUGAUCGUAGGAGUCGUUCAUAUUGCUUCUAAACCUAAGACUCCUGUUUUUUCUGUUGUGCAUGUGGGUGUCAAGAAUCCACCUUCUUCAUCCCAUAAAAACGCACGUAAUACGAUCUAUGAAAUCACAUUGAAGGCAAAGAAUCGAAAUAAGAAAACGGAGACUAUUUAUAGCAGUCCUGGGGGCAUCACACUUUUGUACAAUGGUAACAAAAUUGGUGCAGGAAAAUCCCCGCGAUUUGAUCAACCUGCUGGUAGUUCAACAAAGGUUGGAUUAACGCUAAAGUCCUCGAAAGGAUCACUGCCUGAAGACAUAACAAGAAGCAUUAAAGACAAAAAGGGGAAACGACAUGUGUCCUUAGUUCUGAAAAUGAAUAAAGUUCCAGUGAAAAUGAAGUCCUGGAGCAAGGCAAUCAAUAUUAUUUGUAAUUUGAAGGUGAGCUCGUUGGGGGCUUCAGGUAAUAACGUUGUAUCCCAACGUUGUCAAACCAAGUUCAAUUGA